AGAAUUUUAUUUGAAUAAAAAUGAAGGGACUGGACAAAGUACUAAAGGAUAUCGGAAAUUUAUCCCUUGAAGCUCGGAGGUUUAUCCUCGUUCUCCUCGGCCUUGUUGCUUUCGUCGCUAUUCUCUACGGACGAGAGUCCCACCAUUGGGAAGCUGAUAUAGAAGUCCCUCCUCCUAAGCUGAAGCUGAAGGAGGUGAUGAGCGCCAUGUUGGAUGUAGUGGAGAGAGGAGGGAUGGAGGUAGUCAGAGUCAGGCAGCAGCAUGAUAUAGGAGAGAAGAGCAAGGGUAAAACAAAGGAUGGUGUCAAUGAUCCUGUAACAGAAGGAGAUAUGGCAUCUCACAGAAUAAUGUUCCAUGGUUUGAAAAGAGCAUUCCCCAACGUUGCUGUGGUCUCUGAAGAACGCGAGGAUAAUGAAGGGCAUGCUGAGAUGCCAAACCUAAAUAUCGAGGAGUUUCAUGUUAUUGGCGAAGAAAUCAGAGAAGAUAGGUUAACCAUUUGGUUAGAUCCUCUUGAUGCUACACAAGAAUAUACAGAAGUCAAGCAGGCUAAUGUUAGAUACAACCUGUGCAUCACGCCUUUGGGACAUAUCAUGUUACUGGACUCUAUUAGACACCACACAGAUGAACACUUGAAGUUUAUCGUCUCCAGAGCACACACCGGGAACCUGAAGGAACAGUUGGCGAAGUACCUUACCCCCACCCCCACCCUCACCUACGCCGGGGGAGCAGGAUACAAAAUCUGGGAGAUCAUUAGCGGCGAUCAUGACGUUUAUGUCCAUAAACAUCAGAUCAAGAAAUGGGAUAUCUGCGCCGGUGCGGCCUUACUAAACACGGCGAAUGGGCGCAUAACAGACUUGCUGGGGAAGGAUAUCAAGUUCGACAACGUGUUCGACUACAAGGUAGAGGAUGGACUGGUAGUCUCCAUGUAUGAGCACAAUCAUCUGGUUAAAGCACUAAAGAAAAUGCUUGAAUGAUUCAAACUGUAAACCUCUAAUAAAUUAUAGCAACUAGUUUUAUAACUUGUCCAAAUAAAACGAACAAUAUUACUUAAAA